UUGUAGCUUGCUGGCUUACAUCCACAGCAACCUGCCUGGCAACCUGCCUGGCAACCAAGAGUUGUUGGACUAAGGCCAUGAGCUCCAACCGUCAGAUGGGACAGAGACUGGGGCACGGCUGAGGUCUAGGCGGGAGUUGUACUUUUAGGUGGGCUCUGAAGGUCAUGCAGCCCUGUGCCAGGCCUGGGCUGCCUCUGCCCAAAUUCUGCAGCGUGGCCACAGCCGUGAAAGGCCCUGACCUGCAUGGUGCUGUGCCACCCUGGGACCUGCCCUUCAACUGUCCCUUUGCCACGCAAGCGCCCUGGCUGCCCACUCACUGCACAUUCACCAGGUGCGCUGCCUGUUGCCCAUGUUUCCACACUGUUGAUAGGCCGUGGCCGGGGCUCAGCUGGCUGGGGAGAGUCGGAGAUGCUGCUGGCUCCCGGGUCCUCGCCAGAAAGGAGCAGGACGGCUUUUAUUAUGUGGCUGAGAUCAAGGCUGCUCCCGAGCUGGAGAAGCGAGGGGCCCUGGUUGUGGAGUUUGAGGCUCCCCUUGUCGCUGGCCUAAAGCUGCCAGCCCAGCAGCGGAGAGUGGUAUUUCCAGAGGACGUCAUUCAGUUUUCACCAUCUGUGCCACACUCACUGCAACUGGGCGACAAGGUGCUGGCACCCUGGGACCCGCAGCAACAGCAGUAUGGCCCGGGCACUGUUCUCGCGGGCUUGAUGGAGCGGAAAGGACAAAAAGCAUCUACAGAAAAAGAAAUCACUGUUCACUUCUGGAAUGGCAAGACAACUAAGGUGCCUCUAGACAGGGUCAGGUGGGUGCCUCCCACGGUCUGGAAGAAGGCUGUGGAGAGACUACAAACACCUCACACCAGGGAACACCGCAGUUCUUGUCUCUGGAUACCUUACUGCUCUCAGCUGGGAUGCAAUACUGGAUGCACCACACACAGGCAUCCUCUGGACUCGUCCUUUUUACGCCCUCCCUGCCUCUCCUGUGCCCCCUGUCAGCUUCAGUGUCAGAGCAGCUGCCCUUUGGUGGGGCCUUGCUGGUGGCCUCUAACUAGGACCUCAGAGUUCACAAUCAGAAAACUCCCAGAGCCUGAGGUGAAGCCCACAGCUCAGCUUUUGCCCCUACAAGGUCCUAAGGAGGAGGCAGUAGCAGCACUCAGCUACAAUAUGUCCUCCUCCUCUGAGGAAGAAAAUUCAGAGAGUCAUCUGGAGAUGGUAAGCAGGGCAGUCAACACUGACCCCAUCCUUGCCGAGACAUCUCUGCGGCAGUGCAGCCCUCACAAGCCUGAGUGGAGGUACUGGAGGAGAAAUGGGCCUGAGCCACCCUCCGGAAAGCCAGGAAGUAAAGGAUCAUGAAGUAAACACCUGAAAAGGGGUCACAAUGAGUAGCUGACAAUGGAAUAGGAGGCUUAGUGGUGAUGGCAAGAGUGCAGCUGCUCUCCUGAGACCUGCAGGGGAGCGGCAUUUGGAAGACCCUGUUGUGAGGGGCACAGAGCUGGUGGCCUGCACUGGAACUUCUGCCAGUGACCUGACGACCUGCUUAGGACGCCUAUUUCUGGAAGGCACAGGUGUGCCCAGUGCUUUGGGCAAAUGUAUCCCAUUUGUACUGCCUUCUCAUAAAGCCUACAGCUGUACAUGGGAAACACCGUCUUUCUUUCUAAU